CGAGGCCAAAUGUUGAGCAAAGAUUUUAACAGCGGGAACGUGACAUCGCUUUAGCCAUACAAGAGUUUCUGCUUCACAGGCAAGGAAUGAUAGUAAGCUAAUGCUAACUGGCUACAAUAUAAACAAGGGAUGUGGUGUUAGAGUUUAAUAGCAAGAAUAUUUGAAAUAACUAGUUAUUAUAUGAAGGAUUCGCUGGAAUGAGGACGCCAAGGUACAGCUGACGAGAUUCAAGCUCAGUAUAAUAUUUCGUUUUGUGAAUGAUGCUAUGAAGUUGGGGAUAAAACCUUCGAUUUCAAAGAACAUGGAACUUUGAACGUAUCAGAGGAUAAAUAAUCGGUAAUCGAGCAACCUCGAUUCUACUUCUACACGAUCAAGUCAGUUAUUCACGAUGUGUGGCGAGAUAGAUUUAUCGCACUAAACAAAGAGUCACUGUGGAAAAGACCGAAUUCGUUCAGUCAAAAAGCGAAAUACUCCCCGUAAACAGAAGACGAAAAUAUGAAAGACAGUAAUAGUGUUUUGGAGUCCAAGUAAAGGUCUAAAACGAUGAAACAGGUAACUAUUGACGGUGGAAAACCUAGCGAUUUACACGCUCAGACUUUGUCAUGGCGGCGUCUUCAUCUCACGCGAGGAAAACUUAAAGCUUCAAGUAGGACGUCUGCUCUUAUGUCAGGUUUUGCUAUGGUUGCCAUGGUCGAGAUCCAGCUAGAAAAAGGAAUACCUCAGGGCUUGCACAUCGCAUUCAGUGUCGUCACAACUAUUUUAAUAUCCGUUCAUGUCUUCGCACUCAUGAUCUCAGUAUGUAUCUUGCCCAACAUCGAAAGCAUUGCAAAUCUCCAUCACAAUUACAACCACAUGGUACAAGACUCUCCCCACGAAAAGAUGCACACGUACAUCGAGAUCGCGUGGGUAUUUUCAACUGGUCUUGGAACUCUGCUCUUCUUGGCUGAAAUAGGUAUCCUUUCUUGGGUGAAAUUCUAUAAUUACAGCCAGGCUGCAGCCGUUGCAACUACGGUUGUUUUGCUGCCAGUUUGUAUUCUGUUUAUUGUGUUUGCUAUACACUUUUAUCGUUCUCUUGUGCAACAUAAAUAUGAACGUUCGUAUCAAGGGAUUGAAGAAUUACAACAGAUAGCUAACCAGCUACAAACAGAUGGUACUGCUACCCCAACGCCGAGUCCCGCUCAUUUAAGUGUAUAAAUUGAAAAGGAAUAGGUCAAUUUGAGUAUAAGUAUGAGUAUAAGUAUCGCAGCAUGAAAAAUAAAAGUCAGUAUUAAAGCUUCUAUUUUAGCUCAGUCUCGUCAAACCAAAAUCAGUUAUCAUUUGUACUGGUGAAAUAUUAUAUAAGGAUGAAACGAUAAACUUUUGAAACACUUUUGCUUUCAAAAAUACGUUGUAUCAAUAAUUUCUUGUCAUUGCUUCCUACUUUUACUACUAGAAGAAAGACACAUUCACGAAUGCAACACGUUUACUAGGAAUGUAAUUAUGCAUUGUUCUUAUGAGAAAGAACAACUGACCUCGUUAUCAUGAGCCAUUCCGAGGUUAAGGAAAAGCAUGGGCAGAAUUGGGAUUGCAGUGCAUUUUGGGAUCGUUUAGGCCAAAAUAGACGCCUUCUUGGAAAUGUUCCCUAGACAUCUCCACUGCGUCUGCUAUCAAUGAACACAGCGGUAGCUCGCUCUAAGAAUAGGGCAAUAAGCCUAAAGCGAGAUGACGUUUUACCCCCGUCUCUAGACCAUAAUCCUUUUCACACUGCUUUUGUUCUUUAAUUAURACUAUUGUUCAUGUAUUCUCUAAGGAAUCAAAAAUUUUAAUAUGAAAGAAUUUUAAAAACUAUUAUGGUAUAGAGUCGGGGGUAAAACGUCAUCUCGCUUCAGGCUUAUUGCAUUAUAUUGCCAUUUACUAAGGGAAUCUCUUGUCGAUUAGCACCAAUUGUCAAUUGUCACUCAGUUUUUUCUCGAUCUCGGAACGGCUAUCACAACGACGUAACAACACACAAGUGAAGCAUUUAUUCGCGAAACUGUCAAUUGCUAUAUAAAGUAUUCGUCUCUUAACCGUAUCAACUUAGACUAGCCAAAGAUCUAAUUUUAUUUCAAGAAGUUCCUUUUCUAAAUAAGACUCGAAGAUAUGUUAACAAUCCCUCUUACAUUGUAAUUCACUUUUUGUUACUUAAUGCACUUAAUUUCACGUUCAAACGAAUGUAAAUAAUUUAACCUUAUUAAGUUAUUAAAGAAAACAGACUGACGAAGA